GAACGAUCAACAUCGCAGUCGAGUCGAAGAAGAGGAGACAAAAGUUUGGAUUAAAAAGCGGUGGUGUUCCUCGUCGUCGUCUUCGUUUGAAUGUUGGUUUUAUUUAUUUAUCGCGUCUGAAACCUGGGUGCGGAAAAAAAAUACAGUGUCGAAAGUUGCGAGGCCAGCAUACAAGUACCUAUCUCGCGGUGGUGGCUUUCGGUGUGAAUUCGCGGUUCGAUGCUGUCCGGAUUUUGAAACAGCGCUCAGUCUAGUAUGGUGUUCUCGAAGCGAAAGAUGAAGCAGCUGUUCGCGUUCGGAGUGGCCAUCGUGUUGGUAAUCUGUUUGUAUAAAUCGUGGGGCAGUCCAACGAGUGCCAAGCUAAGCCUUGGAAUCGGUAGCGAGAAUGAGCUGGAGAGUGGUUUCGAACGGGGGAGAUUCGUCCCGCCGCCGAGGCAUCAGGAACCUUUGGCCGAGGCCAGAGUCGGGGAUGCCCCGGCUUUCGAUGGUCACAAUGAACAGCUGGACAGGGAGCAGGAAACGAGAAUGAGCGAGCUGCACGAGGCUAAGAAGCAGAUCUUGCAGUUGGAGCGUAAGAUUCAGGAACUGGAAGGGCGGAUACCGAGGAAGUAUCCCGAUGUGACGUUCCUGAACUAUAAGAACCGGAAGCGAAUACUGAUAACCGGCGGUGCAGGCUUCGUGGGGUCCCAUCUGGUCGACUACCUGAUGAUGCAGGGCCACGAGGUGAUCGUGGCCGACAACUUCUUCACCGGCCGGAAGCGCAACGUCGAACACUGGCUGGGCCACGAGAACUUCGAACUGAUCCACCACGACAUCGUGAACCCGCUGUUCAUCGAGGUGGACGAGAUCUACCAUCUAGCCAGUCCGGCCAGCCCACCGCACUACAUGUACAACCCGGUGAAGACGAUCAAGACCAACACGCUCGGUACGAUCAACAUGCUGGGGUUGGCGAAGCGGGUCGGGGCCAAGGUGUUGAUCGCUAGCACCUCCGAGGUAUACGGUGAUCCGGAUGUGCAUCCACAGCCGGAGACUUACUGGGGUCACGUGAAUCCCAUUGGACCCCGAGCGUGCUACGACGAAGGGAAGCGAGUGGCCGAAACGUUGAGCUAUGCCUACGCCAAGCAAGAGAACGUCAACGUCCGGGUGGCGCGGAUCUUCAAUACGUAUGGUCCGCGGAUGCACAUGAACGACGGUCGGGUGGUGUCCAACUUCAUCAUCCAGGCGCUGCAGAAUCAGUCAAUUACGAUGUACGGAAGCGGGAAGCAGACGCGAUCGUUCCAGUACGUGUCCGAUUUGGUGGACGGGAUGGUCGCCCUGAUGGCUUCCAACUACACCCAGCCUGUCAAUCUGGGCAAUCCGGUGGAACGCACCAUCCAGGAGUUUGCCGAAAUAAUUCGCGACCAGGUCGGGGGCAGAAGUAAGAUCAUCGAACUGCCGGCGGUGGAAGAUGAUCCCCAGCGGCGCAAGCCGGACAUCUCCCGCGCCAAGAAGUAUCUCAACUGGGAACCUCGGGUUCCACUGAAAGAGGGGCUCAUCAAAACGAUAGAGUACUUCCGGAAGGAAUUGGCGCGGUCCAAUCAUUCCCAGCGGAACAUCUUCGUGCCGGAAACGACUGAAAACGAAGAGAAAUAGCAAUAACUAGGCGGACUGGUUCAGGCGACGCGGUGAGUGGUUGUGGUUCUUAUAUCUCAGUCAUGAUGGUGUUUUAAAGGUAUGGCGCGGUCAGAUGAGUGCUGCUGUUCUCGAUUUUGUAUUUGAGUCUGUCCCAUCUGAAACAUCCCAACGCUCAAUUGUCCCUACAUUUCCACGAGAGUACAAAUUGUUCACCCCAUUCGUAAUGGUACAAUCUAUGCGUCCAUCUUGGUCAGAAAUUCCUCGCUCCUCUCUUUCGGAUCGUGCACCUGAGAAGUAAGUUUCCUUCCUAUUUUAGUGGGUCUAUUCCUAUCUUGUGUACG